AUGCAAACCAGCAACGGACGCGCGCUAGGCGCGGCCCUGCGUGUCUUUGUUUUUCCUUUUCAACGCACGCAGGCUGCAGAGAGGGUGUCUCUGUCGCACCCUCGCGCCGGCUGUGCUUUGCGGUGCGCCUGGCAAAACAGCCGAGGGAAGGCUUCGCUUGCUUCACCUUCCCCGCGGCGGUACGCGGCGCCGUCGAAGCCUUUCCUGCCAGUGAAAGGGGAGGCGUGUCCCACUCCAAAGCAUGGAGGUCGGACAGCCUCGCUUGGCACUUUCGCGCCGUACCAAUUCGGUGUGCGUCCUUUUCCACUUCAGACUCUGUCCAGCUUCGUCGCUUCCUCGCACUUCGCUUCGGAGGUGACCCCGCCAUCGGCGACUCCCCGAGCUCCCACGUCGCGCGGCGCGAGCUCGCUGUCGGAAGGUUCUUCGGCGCCUAACGCUUCCUCUGCAGAGACACCGAAGAAAGCUACGGUUCCCGAGACGGAGACCGCGGCGGCUCAGGAAAAACCGGUGUCAGACGGCAUUCCUCCGAGUGCCUUCCGGCUGCGCGCAGCUGAAAGCGACUCUCCACGCAGAGAUGUCGGCGGCACAGGGCCGAACGACGAGUUCCCGCCUCCUCCUCCUGGCCGAGGGUUUCUGCUUCUCUUCGCUACCUUGACUGCACUCUCGGGAGUGGCCAUCGGACUCAUUUUGUAUGACGCCGCUGUGGGCGAGGCCGCCCUGUUGUACGGCGCGUGGAAAUUCGACUGGGAUGCCCCUUGGCUAGACGCAGCGGCUCAGCGAGAGGCGCAGCUCGCCGCGCAAGGUGUACAGACACACUCCCCAGCGGCCGUGAGAGCUGCGGAAGCAGGCGCCCACGUACGCCCGCCGACGCGACAGAUUAUUCUUGUUCGCCAUGGACAGUACGCGAAUGUCGCGUCAACCAGCGACGAAGAACAGGGCUUAACGGAGCUCGGGAAGAUUCAAGCAGCCGUUACCGGCCGCAGGCUUAAAGAGCUGCUCAAGGACCAACAUGUCGUUGCUAUAUGGCACAGUGACAUGAAGCGGGCACGAGAGACAGCUCAAAUCAUCCACAAAGAAGCGUUCUCAGACGUUCCGCUCCUCCAAGAUCCCUUGCUGGCGGAGGGUGUCCCUGCUGAGCCGGUUCCGCCUUCCCGGACGUUUAAGCCAACUGCGGAGGAAAUCAUGGUCGACAGUGCGCGCAUUGAAGAAGCUUUUCGUCGCUAUUUCUACCGGGCACUGCCUCCGGCUUCGACGGCUGCCAAUGCAGCUGCAGGCGCUGCGUCUCCCUCGGCUGAAGCCGAGAAGCAAGCGGGUGUCGCAGCGGAGGGUAAUGUCGGGAACGACUCAUAUAUCAUCAUCGUGUGCCACGGCAAUGUCAUCCGAUACAUGUUAAUGCGGGCACUGCAGUUGCCUGGGUGUGCAUGGCUCCGGUGGGCGACGUACAACACAGGAAUCAGUUGGAUCAGCAUUGAUUCGAAGGGAUACGUUUCUUGCAGAGAGUUCGGAGACGUAGGCCACCUGCCAGCGGAUAUGAUAACUUACCAUUAA